AUGGAUCCUCAAGCCAAUGGAGACGACAGUCGCAAGCGGAAGACGCACAAGAAAUCCCGCAAAGGGUGUGGGAACUGCAAGCUGCGGCGGGUUAAGUGCGACGAAUCCAAACCCCAAUGCUCCAAAUGCCUCUCCUACGGCGUAACCUGCAACUACGACACCGAAGGCAACGGCGAGGACCUCCACCUCCCUGGCGAAGGCGCCUUCACCCUCCUCCGCCCACCCAUCGCCACAGCGCCCACGCCCCGCUGGGAGUUGCCCAAGGACUCGCUGUCGCCUGAGGGCUAUGACUUUGGUGCCGACACGAUUCUGGACGAGACGAGGGAGCUGCAUGAUUCGGACGAGCCGUAUGUGAUUACGAAGGAGGAUGUCGAGUUGUUGGCUUUCUUCACCGAUCGGACGGUUUAUUCGAUCGGGACGGCGCAGAUGGUGCAUCUUUAUCGCUAUCAUGUUUCGAACAUGGUUAAGCUGCCGCACACAUCCUACCUCUUCCACAUCGUCCUUACGUUGGUUCUAAUGCACAAACGCCACGUCUUCGCUCCCAACCCCUGGACCACCCAACCCUCGGAAAAAGAGUCCUACCACUGGUACCACGGCACCGCGCUCUUCUCCGCCGUCCUGCGCUCCCCCAUCCCAGAAGAACAACGCGACCCCCUCUGGUCCGCCGCUGCGCUCCUCGGCUGCCUAACCAUCGCCUCCAUCUCCGCCACCCGCCCGGAAGAAGCCUGGCCCCUGAAACCCCCGUCCCAAGAAGACCUCGACUGGCUCCGCAUGAGCGACGGCAAGAAAGAAGUCUGGCGCAUUGUCGACCCCCUGCGCGAGAACAGCGUCUGGCGCGAAGCCCUCGACUACAACGCCCACCGCGACCCGGAGCCGUACAAGCAUCGCGUGCCAGAGUUGGAUUUACUCUACCCCUGGCUGACGAAAAUCUACGACUUCGACCCCAACAGCAGCGAAACCUCCAAAGACCCUUACCACACCGCCGCCUCCAUCCUCACGCGGCUGAUGGAGCUGGAUUGCAACCACAGCACGAUCAUGUACUUCUUGUCGUUCAUCGGACACAUGCAGCCGGCCUACAAAGAGCUGCUGCAUCAAAAAGAUCCGAAGGCGUUGUUGCUGUUGAGCUGGUGGUAUGGGAAGAUGUGUCAGUAUAAUGUUUGGUGGCAGAGUCGGCGGAUGGUGUUGGAGGGGCAGGCGAUUUGUUUGUACUUGGAGCGGGAGUGUGGGGAUGAGGAUAUUGUGCGGCUGCUGGCUUAUCCUAAGAUGAUGACGGGGUUGAUUAAGGCUUGA